AGAUAUCACAUAAGCUACUUUAAUCAUGGGAGAAAUAGAGCAAAGGCCGACUCCAGGAUCGCGACUGGGAGCCCCAGAGAAUUCGGGGAUCAGUACCUUGGAGCAUGGUCAGAAGCCACCUCCAACACCUUCAGGGAAACUCAUGUCUGUCAAAAUCCAGAUGCUGGAUGACACCCAGGAGGCAUUUGAAGUUCCACAAAGAGCCCCAGGAAAAGUGUUGCUGGAUGCAGUUUGCAACCACCUCAAUCUCGUGGAAGGGGACUAUUUUGGCCUCGAGUUUCCGGACCACAAAAAGAUCACAGUCUGGCUGGAUCUCUUAAAACCUAUUGUGAAACAGAUUAGAAGGCCGAAGCAUGUUGUUGUUAAGUUUGUGGUGAAAUUCUUUCCACCGGACCAUGCACAGCUCCAAGAAGAACUCACAAGGUACCUGUUUGCUCUGCAGGUGAAGCAGGACUUGGCUCAAGGCCGGUUGACGUGUAAUGAUACCAGCGCUGCUCUCUUGAUUUCACACAUUGUACAAUCUGAGAUUGGGGAUUUUGAUGAAGCAUUGGACAGAGAACACCUGGCAAAAAAUAAGUACAUACCUCAGCAAGAUGCACUCGAAGACAAAAUCGUGGCAUUUCACCAUAACCACGCUGGACAAACACCAGCAGAAUCAGAUUUCCAACUCUUGGAGAUUGCCCGUCGGCUGGAGAUGUAUGGAAUCCGAUUGCACCCAGCUAAGGACAGAGAAGGCACUAAGAUCAACUUGGCCGUUGCCAACACAGGAAUUCUAGUGUUUCAGGGUUUCACAAAGAUCAAUGCCUUCAACUGGGCGAAGGUGCGGAAGCUGAGUUUCAAGAGGAAACGUUUUCUCAUCAAGCUCCGCCCAGACGCAAAUAGCUCUUACCAGGAUACCUUGGAAUUCCUAAUGGCCAGUCGGGAUUUUUGCAAGUCCUUCUGGAAAAUCUGUGUUGAGCAUCAUGCCUUUUUUAGACUCUUUGAAGAGCCCAAACCAAAGCCAAAGCCUGUUCUCUUUAGUCGAGGGUCAUCCUUUCGGUUCAGUGGUCGGACUCAGAAGCAGGUUCUCGACUAUGUUAAAGAAGGAGGACAUAAGAAAGUGCAGUUUGAAAGGAAACACAGCAAGAUUCAUUCCAUCAGAAGCCUAGCUUCGGAGCCUUCAGAAGCAAACUCAGAAGUGCCAAAACAAUCUCAGCAGAGCACCAGCCUUACCUAUGGAGAAGGUGCAGAAUUACCAAGUGGCCAGAUUUACCAGCAAGGAAAGGAACUGAAAGUUUCCGCUGAAGAGCCUGGGCCACAACAAAGCCCUUCUCUGAAGAAGAGCCCACUGGGUAACAAGAAGGCUGAUGGAGCCAUCACAGUGCCAAUGGAGGAAGAGGAGGAGGCCCUUAAGGACAGGAUCCAGCAGAGUAAACCUCAACCCCAGCAGCCAAGCACAGGCUCCCUGACUGGUAGCCCCCACCUUUCAGAACUGUCCGUCAACUCACAGGGUGGGGCUGCGCCUGCCAACGUGACCUUAUCUCCCAACCUGAGCCCCGACACCAAGCAGGCCUCUCCCUUGGUCAGCCCGCUGCUGAAUGACCAGGCGUGCCCAAGGACAGAAGACGAGGAGGACAUCCGCAGAAAGAGAUUCCCAACUGACAAAGCAUACUUCAUUGCUAAGGAAGUGUCCACCACUGAGAGAACCUAUCUGAAGGACCUCGAAGUCAUCACUUCGUGGUUUCAGAGCACCGUGAGCAAAGAGGACUCCAUGCCCGAAACAUUGAAAAGUCUCAUAUUCCCGAAUUUUGAACCUUUGCACAGAUUCCACACUAGUUUUCUCAAGGAAAUUGAGCAGCGACUCGCCCUGUGGGAAGGCCGCUCAAAUGCCCACAGCCGAGGAGAUUACCAAAGAAUCGGGGAUGUCAUGCUGAAGAACAUCCAGGGAAUGAAGCAACUGGCCACUCACCUAUGGAAGCACAAUGAGGCUUUGGAGGGACUGGAGAACGGGAUCAAGGGCUCCCGGCGGCUGGAGCACUUCUGUAGAGACUUCGAGCUACAGAAGGUGUGUUACCUACCGCUCAACACCUUCCUCCUGCGGCCCCUGCACCGGCUAAUGCACUACAAGCAGAUCCUGGAGCGGCUGUGCAAACAGCACUCCCCGAACCACGCGGACUUCCGGGACUGCAGAGCUGCGUUGGCAGAGAUCACUGAGCUGGUGGUACAGCUCCACAGUACGAUGAUCACCAUGGAGAAUUUCCAGAAACUGCAUGAACUCAAGAAAGACUUGAUAGGCAUCGACAAUCUUGUGAUCCCAGGAAGGGAGUUCAUUCGCCUGGGAAGCCUGAGCAAGCUGUCUGGGAAGGGGCUCCAGCAGCGCAUGUUUUUCCUGUUCAAUGACGUCUUGCUAUACACAAGCAGAGGGCUGACAGCCUCCAAUCAGUUCAAAGUCCACGGGCAGCUCCCUCUCUACGGCAUGACUAUAGAGCCAAGUGAGGAUGAGUGGGGCGUGCCCAACUGUCUGACCCUUCGGGGCCAGCGCCAGUCCAUCAUCGUGGCAGCCAGUUCUCGGUCAGAAAUGGAAAAGUGGGUUGAAGACAUCCAGAUGGCCAUUGAUUUGGCGGAAAAAAGCAGUGGGCCCACCCCGGAAUUACUGGCCAGCAGCCCCCCUGACAAUAAGUCCCCCGAGGAAGGCACAGCCGCCGACCAGGAGUCUGAGGACGACCUCAGCGCGUCGCGCACAUCACUGGAGCGCCAGGCUCCGCACCGCGGCAACACCAUGGUGCAUGUAUGCUGGCAUCGCAACACCAGCGUCUCCAUGGUGGACUUCAGCAUCGCUGUGGAGAAUCAGUUAUCUGGGAAUCUGCUGAGGAAAUUCAAAAACAGCAAUGGCUGGCAGAAGCUAUGGGUGGUCUUCACUAACUUCUGCCUCUUCUUCUACAAAUCGCACCAGGACAAUCAUCCCCUUGCCAGCCUGCCUCUGCUGGGGUAUUCACUCACCAUUCCCUCCGAAUCUGAGAACAUCCACAAAGACUACGUGUUCAAGCUGCACUUCAAGUCCCACGUGUACUACUUCAGGGCUGAAAGUGAAUACACAUUUGAAAGGUGGAUGGAGGUGAUCCGAAGUGCCACCAGCUCCGCCUCACGCUCCCACAUUUUUAGUCACAAAGAAUCUCAUGGGUAUUGAUGGCUGCACAUGCUUGUUGCAGCCCGUUUCCAAAAGACCUUUAUUUCCUUGUGUAUUACUGAAGCCUAGUAAAAUUAACACCUGUCUGGAAAAACA